UUUUAAAUUACAGUUUGUAAAAAAAAAAAAAAAAAAAAAAACCCAACAAAAACAACAACAACCCUAUUGGUUAUUACAAUAUUAAUACCAAAAAAUGGGAUCACCUUAUUUAUUUAUGUUUCUUUCAGCGUGGGCCGAAAGGCUGUACUAAUGGGCGCUAUGACAGGAAACAUCGUUGGCUCAGUGUGUAUCACGUGGUCGCCGUCUAUUCCAGUCUUCUUUGUUCUAAUAUUCGUAGUAUGUGGAUCUUCAAUGGCCGCAUACCUUGCAGCGUAUGUCUUUGGAACGGAACUUGUUGGACCGUCUAAAAGAAGAUUCACGGGCAUCAUCAUGAACCUGUUCUGGAGCAUAGGGAAUCUGCUGGUGGCUGCAAUUGUCUUCUUUGUCAGGGACUGGAAGUACAGACAGCUGGCAUUUUCGCUGCCUGCCGUUAUCUUCUGGUCAUAUUUCUGGUAUGUUCGUAGACUCAAAGUUAGCUAGUUUUUUUUUUACCGAAAA